AUGGAGUCUCUCUCGUCUGGUACACUCCACUCGCCGGCAUUCCAGCACUGCCAGAUAAAUAGCAGACUAUCACCUACCAAAGCGCCUCUCAAUCUACACCAUAGUGACUACUUCGCUGCGCCGAUGGCUCCUAUCAACCGUCGGAACAGACAUCAUUGUCGGGCUUGCAACAACGACAGUGCCCCGCCGAGCACCCAAGACGCACGCGAUGCAGAUACAGUCGCACUGAAACUGGCUCAAGACGAGCUGCAAGUCGUCUAUCAAUCCGUUGAACAACUGCUGAAUAUGAUGAGAACCGGAAGCGCUCAACAACUCGAACCCCUUUUCGCAGCUGCCCAAAGUGGCGCCUCGCAAGACGACAUUUUGGCCGUGGUCAGACAGUACACCCAAGGCGUGGAGGUGGCGCAAUCGAAAUAG